GUUAAAAUAUCUAGUCGGUAUUCGUCGUGGGUUCAGCAAGGCUUAUAAUGUUUCUAACAUAUUUCGCAGACACGGUAGAUUAAAAUAUUCUGUUUUGAAUUUGUGGGAACGCUGUGAAAGUGAUGUUCAUAGAUUUCAAUCUGGAGAAGAAGGGGCAGGAGAGAUCAGUAUUUAAUACGAGGUUCCUACGAAAUGGUUGUUCAGACUGUGAUGCCGUGUAGUCUUAUAGGCCUAUACCGAGGUCUCGAAGGAGCAUGCUGCCCCCAUCUUCAAGUGGUUUGUGAAUAUACUUCUCAACCUGUAUCUUGAUCUGCUUGAAUUUGAAAUCAAUGAAGGAUGAACUGAGACCCAAGGGAGGAAGUAAGGAAAUAGGACCUGAUCCAGGCCAGUGGGCAUUGUGGGUGAAUGGCAUGGAUCGUAAUUACAGGCCAUUUAUCAUGCCUGUAACCUGGUUGUCUUUCAUUGCAUCUCUUCAAGUGACUUCAGUCAAAGAUCUUGGUGAUACAGAGAAAAUUCUCAGUGUCAAGGAGGCCACUGAGAAUUUAAUUACAGAGGCUGAUGAUUUAUUUAGUGAGAACAAGUACAAGGAAUUGUAUGAGUUGCUGUACCCUUACAAGGAGAGUAAUGAUGUCGAGAUACUCUGGCGACUGAGCAGGGCAUUGCAUCACAUGUCCAAGCAGCAAUGUCAUAAUGAAGAAAAGAAACGAUAUGUGUUUGAAGGCUAUGAUUUGAUUGUGAAGGCAUUACAGUUAAAUGAUUCCCACUAUGCAGUCCACAAGUGGUAUGCAAUAUUUCUUGACACACGUGCAGCAUAUGAUGGAAUCAAAGCCCGUGUGACCCAGUUGCCAAAUGUCAAGAAUCAUUUGUUGCAAGCAGUUGAAUUAAACCCAAAGGAUGCAACAACUCUGUAUAUAUUAGGAUACUGGUGUUACAACAUAUCAUCAAUGCCAUGGUAUCAGAGAAAGAUUGCCAGUGCCAUUUUUGCUACACCCCCCACCUCAAGCUUUGAAGAGGCUCUGGUCUAUUUCUGCAAAGCUGAGGAAGUGGAUCCUAACUUCUACAGUCAAAACUUGCUAAUGCUGGGAAAGACAUACCUGAAGCUGGAAAAGGAUGAGAAAGCUCGAUACUAUCUUAAACUGGCUUCCCUUUAUCCCCCACAGACAGACGACGACCUUCAGGCAAUUAAAGAAGCUUGUGAUCUGCUCAAGAAUUUGGAGAAGCAGCAGCAGCAAUAAAUGUCACAUUUGGAUGCAGUGGUUGCAGUCUAAUAUAAAUUAACAGUAAUUUAAUAUAGGGUCAAUCAAAAAAGGCCCUUCAUUUAAAAGUGCAUAUACUUUUUUGAGACUGUUCUAUAUCACUGUACUCCUUGAAAUAUAUGAAGACAUUGGUCACUGCCCCAUACAACUUUACCUUACCUUUAUCUUUGUUGAUAUUAUCGCUUGAGAAGUCAGUUAUGGCUUGCAAGCAUCACAGUUGACACUAUGAAACAGCUGUCUAGCAAAGAAACCAUUGACAUAGGCCACUGAGAACACUUCCAUGUCACCAGCACUUACUAUUGCUUCUACUUGCUCUGCAGCAUGGAAACUAUGAGGAGCAUCAUGACAGUUCUUUGUGCCAUUAAUUAUGGAGGGCUUUCAACUUUCAACUUUAUUUUCGUCCGUAACUGAAGUGAAUACAAUUGGACACGUCAAAAAAUAAUGGCGAAUACAUCACGUCAAAGUCACAUUAAUAUUACACAAUGAUCUAUCACGAUAAUAUAACCACCAUUGUAAGGUACAUAACAAUAAAACAUGCACAAGACCAAAAGAAUAAUAUCAGUAAUAUAAAACAUGUAAACAUAAUAUUAAAAAUCGCAAACAAAAAGACAGUCAACAACAGACUAGUCAUCAAUCCAACAUUAGUUGAACAACUCUUGAAGAGUAAUAGAAAGCGCUGCCUAGCAAAUAAUUUUUUAGUUUCCUUUUAAAAGCAUUAAAAUUUUAAACGCUUUCAAUUCAAGGGAAAGGCCAUUAAAUAUUUUAGUUCAUAUAUUGAUAAAAGACUUUUCUUUUGCAACGAUCGGUAUUACAAAAUUGGACAUACAAAUUAUUUUUAUGUGUGGUAUUGUAGCUGUGAAUGACAGAAUAGUGAGUUGUAUACAUCUUGUUCUUUAUUAUAAAACAUAAAAUCUCAAAUAUAUAUAAUGAGGUAACAGUUAAAAUCUUAAAUUCACGAAACAUAUUUGUACAGUAUACUCUAUUUUUAACACCAUUAGUCACUCUUACAGUUUCAGAGUCCUUAAGCCCCCCACCCCAAAAAAUAAUACCAUAUUUCAAUAUAGAUUGGAACUUAGUAAAAUAAACGUUUCUUAAUACAGAUAAAAUAAAAAGACCCUUGUUGAAGAAAGAAAGCAGUC